AUGGCAAAUCCGGAGGCAACCAAACCGCCAGGACAGGACGAGGCGGCGCACAAGGACGGCGCCGGCAACGCUCCUCCCCCUCCGUUCUUGGAGGUGACCUGCAGGAGCUCCGGCGAGGUCCGGCGCUUCGCGGCCGGGACGACCGCCCGCUACGCGCUGCACGCGGUCAACCGCAAGCUCGCCCCGGGCUCCCCGGCGGCGCUGCACGUGGAGGCCGCCAAGGACGGCGAGGAGCCCGUCUGCUUCGGCCCCACCGCGCCCCUCGCCGACUACGGCCGCGGCUGGAGGCUCCAGACCGUCACCGAGCAGGACGCGCAGGAAAACCACCACGCGCCGCCAUCCGACAACACGAAGGAGGGAGGCGGCGAGGCGAAGCGGGCUCGCGACAGGGCGGCGCUGGAGAACAAGGUCACCUCCGCGUACCUCGCCAAGAUCGGGCUCGCGUUCCUCUUCAUUUUCCUGCUAGGCGGACUGUUCACCUACUUGCUCGAGACGAUCCCCGACAUGAUCCAAAACGCAUCCACUCCCGAAUCCUUGUAAUACUCCGUAAAAAGUUUGCAUGAAUCGCCUACGCAGGUUGUCAAAUUGGAGAAGAAUUUGUUUUCUUGCGAGCUUUGUUUAAAUUACAGCAGCACAAUGAGGAAUUCGUCUUCUCAUUCUUUUCGUAAUUCUUAAUCCGCUUUUGUGGACUGAGGAAUCCAUCUUCUCACCUUUUUGUAAUUCUUAAUCUGCUUUUGCGAAGUCCAA